AUGCCCAAAUACUAUUGCGACUACUGUGACAUCUUCCUGACGCACGACUCGCCAUCCGUGCGCAAGGCGCACAACACGGGCUGGAAGCACAUCAACCAGGUAGCGGCGUAUUACCGCGAGUUGGAGCCCAACAAGACACAAGAGGUCAUUGACAGCAUCACAGCUGCGUACGGCGGACAGUUCCCGGCCCUCCGGGCGCCCGCGCCGUACCACGACGGGCAAAGAGAGUUCCGCGGCAGGGAUAGUCGCAGCAGGGAGUUCCGGGGCAGCAGCAGGGGCCCGGAUCGCAGUCCGUAUGGCGGGCGGUACGACAGCGCUCCGCACUCGCGCGGACCGCCGCCGCCGCCGCCGCCGCCAGGGCCGGCUCUCAGCGCAGCACCACAGACAUGGGAUAAUUAA